AUGAAUUGGACCGAGGGAACCUUGUACCGCCAUAGUCGCGGGAAGCUGCGGAAAGCCAAUGCAGAAAAGCAACGUCAGAAGGAAUACUUUGCGAAAGCUCACAUUCGAGCAGCUGAGCAAAGGGAGGCUAGGAAGAACGGUCCUCCUCCUAUUUCAUACCUUGAGUCAGGUUCAGCUUUACCAGAACCUCCUGCAGACGCAUUUCCCUCCAAGCAAAACUCUGCCCACGGUGUACCGCAUCGGAGAGGAAGAUGGGGCGCGAGUGUACCGACAGCAGAGGAUACUCCAAAGUCGGAGCAUCUCUUACCAACAGUCGACCAGUUCCUAAAGGAGCAAGUUGGCAAGGCCACUUCUACCAACACAGCGCCUUCUCAGUUGCUCCCAAAAGGGACACAGGUAGAGAGAUUGAGGCAGAGGCUUCUUGCGAGCAAAGACUGGGGUGCAAGCCGGCUUCAGUCCCCUGUCCAAGUCCACAAUCGACCUCGCCCUAUGCCACCGCAUGUCGGUCCGACCCAACCUACAAGAGCAAUGGAAGAAAAGCCAGCACAUAUUGUCCAGAGCAAUCGGGGCCUGUACCCUCAAAAGCACACCUCUCGUUUGCCUUUUCUUCGCGGGGCGGAUGUGCAAAUCCGCGUUGGAAGUCAAGAGAAGCAGCUCAAAAGCUCAACAAUCGGCAGUGGAAGCCUUGCGCAUCAAAAGCAGAAUGCCUCAACAGAAGAAAGUCGACACUUCAUGACAAGCGCGAGCGUACCGAGCAUCUUUCAUCCAGUCCCUCUGCCAGCAAUACCGAGUCAUCUGCUGCUCUCUUCGGGAUCAUUGGGUCCGGCAAAUAGUGCCAGCCAUCUCGCUCAUGUUGGACGAACAAUAUCUCCUGUCCCGCCCUCGCAGAAAGCGGAAAACUCAACCUGGAAGGCGUGGUUGGAAGAGCCUAGCAGUGCUUUUGGUGCCCAAACAAAUCCUGAACCGCAUGAGCCGGUGGCACAGCCCAGAAUCAGUCCUGGGGUAAGCGAAAGACAAGUAAGGCACCAAGGGUAUUCACCACCAGUCCACGCACUCUGUACCGUAUCCACCCAAUGUGAGCCCAAGCAAGGACUACAUCGAGGUGACCAGAUUGAUGCUUGGAAGACAUUCGUGUUUGGGGACGAUGACAGCGAAGAGGUCGAACGAGUCGCAUUCAGUGAAGCAAGACAUGAUGCCGCUCGACUUAUACGGCCAUACGAUGAGAAUAGCCUUCCAUCUAUCGGGGACGGGGACCACUCUGGGCACGACAGCAACAUUGCAAUGGCUGGAACGUCUUCCUCUGGCAACGCGGAGGGAUCAACACCUUAUGAGAGAGACUUUGCCAUCGACAAUCCAAACCAAAGUCCCAGAAAAAUCCAUGAACCAGCAUCAACGAGUUCACAGUCUACUGCAACCUCGGCGGGGGAACAUGUUGUUAUUCCGCGUUAUACACCAUUUGCCAACGGUCAUGACAGUGUUGCCGUGGAGCCUCCUUGUGUUGACACAAGUCCCAUCAUUAACAAGCAUGAGACAGCCGAAAACACAACGAUCGCCAUGUCAGACCCAUCAGGCGAGUCGGCCUCGGUAGCGAUUUCGGUACCCACAUGCCCAACUAUUGCUCCGGUCAGUCUUAAACGGAAAAGGGGUAGACCGAGAAAACGGGCGCGUGACGGGAGGGCUGAUAUACGGGCACUACCAAACUACAGCGGCGACCCUAUUGAGGAGAUUGAGGAUGACGAUGAUGCUCCGCCGCCAUCUUUGUUUGGCUCUUUGGACAUAAUUACCAUAAAGUCCGAGGAGCUCGUGUUUCCAUGUCAAGUCCGUAUGCUAGCAAGACAGCUCAAGGGUAAGAACAUUGGGAUUUCCGAUUGA